CACUUCAGUGAGACCCCACCCUCUCUGAACCCGUGUGAGAGGACCUGUGGUGGAUUGGCGUGAUGGCGGGCCGUGGGCGAGGCCGGAGGCUGAUGACUUUCAACGUGGAGGCUAUUGGCAUCAGCAGAGGAGACACUUUACCUCCGUCCAUUCAGCAGCCGACUGCUGUGUUCCCGCUCAUGGAGCAGAAGCCCCUCCCCCUGGCAGUCAGUGAAGAGGCAGAGUACCUGUUGGCUCUGAAGCAGGAGUUCAGGGGAGCGAUGAGGAGUUUACCCUUCUUCAUCCGGCCCGCUGCUCCUCACCGAGACGUGGAGCGAUACUCUGAUAAAUACCACAGUGAUCCCAGUGACAGCCUGAUGGACUGGAAGCCAGACUGGAGGAGGUUUCCCAAAGAGCUCCGAGUCCAUGUGAAGAAGCCUCUCAGAGACAGUGUUCCAGCUUCUUCUCACCGGUCCAGCAGAAUCCAGUCAGCUCAGAAACACAAAGGAGGCUCUGAUAAAAAGGAGGUUCUCCUGAAGCUGGAGACACUGGAGAAGAAGGAGGAGGAGAGUUCUGAGGAGGAGGAGGGGGAAACUAAGAAGAAACAGGAGGAAGAGGAGGCUGAAGAGGGAGAGGAGUAUGAUGAGGAAGAGUUUGAGGAGGAAACAGACUACAUCAUGUCAUACUUUGAUAACGGUGAGGACUUUGGCGGCGACAGUGACGACAACAUGGACGAGGCUGUUUACUGACGCAUUUGGCAGGUUUGUGUUCUUCAAUGCUAAAAACAAA